UAAGGUAGUCGGUCUCAUAAAACGAAAACUUUUCUGACACUUACGACGAGUAAGUGACAUACGAAGAAAAUAUUGUUUGGUGAAAAUAUAACAAACUCGUACCGCCAUCUAUCGUCAAGUAGCGGAGAUGCUGAGCAUAGUUUCGCUAUUCGCCGCCACGGCGCUGCUGCAGUGUAUAGCGAGCGGCCACAUCAUAAAGGACACGAAAAGGGAUUUAGAUAACCAGCUAAGUCCACAUGUGGCGCCGCCCCCUCGUCGCAGCAAGCUGCACAUGUUCGUUCGCGUGCCCGAGCCAAUAACGCUAUCCCGCUCCCCCCUGGGUGUCGUGGCGACGUGUCACGCUGCUGGCAACCCCGCACCGAAUGUCAUGUGGAUGAAAAAUGGCAUACCUGUUGCUGAUUACGAGGAACAGACCAACGAGAUCCGCAGCGUCUCCCCGGACAGCGUCGCCAUGGUGACGAGCCGGCUGGUGGUGGCUGCGGUGAGCGGGGACGUGCUGACCUGUGUCGCGGUCGCCGGCCUCAAGGACACCAGCCGCAGUGAGAUGUACGACGAGGACGGUGACUACGAUACCCUUCCGGCUCCUAUUAUCACGGAGUCCUACAGCGAUGUGUUCCAGCAGAUGGGUACGUCGUUGACGCUGCCAUGUCGAGUCGCCAGCGCCGGCCGUUAUGAGGUUGACUGGUGGGUCAACGACGAGAGGGUGUACGGAAAUCCUAGGUUACGGGUGCUGCCAUCUGGUGAUCUCCGUAUCAACAACCUGGUGUUCGCUGAUCUGGGCAACUACACGUGCACCGUCCGCGACGGCUUCGGCCAGACCAGCGAGAGCACCUUCCUCUAUCCUGUGAAGCCCAGCAAUUGAAGACACCAGCAAAAGAAAAUCGACAGAAAGCCCAAGCCCGCCGAAAUGUUCCUACUCCUAGCAUAAGCGAUUACUUACUUACUUAAAUUAAAUUAUUGUUAGGAUAAUUUAGUAUACGAAAUGUGAUUUAUAUUAUAUUAAUACAAAGUUUAGUACUGGUUUAUAACAUUUUGUGGUGCAGUUUUUAUAUAAUGAAACUAUG